AUGCUUCAUUCAAAAGAAAUUCGAGGUUUACCGCAUUCUGAACAAUCUUGGAACGUUGGUCCUCUUGAAAGUGAUAUUCAACCCGAAGAUAUUAUAACUUCAAAUACUUUCUUUGAUAAUACUCCUUCUUCCCCUAGUCCCUCUUAUUAUGUCAGCAAUAGAUACGCCUGCGGGAUUCAUUUGUCACAAGCAUUUAAGGAGAUUGUUAUCUCGAAGGCUCCAAAAGUUAAAAAAGAUACGACUGUGGAUUUCACUAAUGAUAAAUCAGCCCAUGCUAAUCUUUUAUUUUGUCGUUGGCAAUAUGGCCGGACAAAAGAGGUAUUUUCUAAUCGCUUAGGUAUAUCUUAUAGUAGUGAAACUUAUCACGCUGCUCGUGAUGCUACUUCUAUUUUACAUCUUGGGAACAAGCAUAUGUACCGGAAAACAUUAUCGAAUUUUCGAGUAACUACAAGUACUAAUUUAUGUACUAAGAAGAAACAAGAAAAACGAUUUGAACGAUCUUGCAGACUAUAUCAACAAGCCCGUGAAACAUAUCAUUGUUCAGGAAGCGCCCCGGACGCCGAAAAAUAUCGUUUUCUUAUUCCUUAUUUUCUCAAACGCAAGCAAAUAAAUUUUGCUUCGCUUGGUAACAAGAUCUCUUCGACAGAAGUUGACAUCGCACCUGUUGAUUCCUCUUCCUCAUCAUCGACUUUAUGCUCACCGUUAUAUAGUACUCCUGAUGGAGUCUUUAUUGUUCCAGGUUCUCGUGAAUGGUUUACUUAUAUGUCCACUUUAGAAAAAAAGAUACGAGCUGAUAUUACGUUUCAACGAACUUGGGAAAAAGCUUUGGCACAUCAACGCCCUGAAUCCGCUAAAAAAGAACUUGAAAUCGCUCGAGUACAGAAAGAGCGUGCUGGUUAUCUUGGUAUAAGUGUUAAACAUCUUCGCGUGCGUGAACGAGAAACGUUACUGUUAACGGGUUUUAACGACCGUUAUUAUGAAGGGAAUGGCGAAAUAUCGCUCAGUACAUCAAACAUCAUGCUAAUCUUACAAAGCAAGAGCAAAUACGUGAGGAAAUGUCUUCUUAAAUACUCUUCACCGGAGUAUCUUCAGAAAUAUACUAAACACCGCAAAGCGCAUACACCUGAGGAUGAUUCAUAUAUUUUAGAGGAGACUCAAGCCCUCGAAUUCCGUCCUAAUAAACGGGACACUCCACCAUCUACAAAUUUAAAUUAGUUUUAAUUAAUUGUAUUAAUAGGAGUCAAGUACCCUUUUAAAUAGGUUUUAUUUCUAAUAGUUUUUAUUUUUCACCCGAAUGGGUAAGGUUAUAUAUUAACAAUUUAGAAUAGUGUGAACCACUCCAC